UUGAGUCAUGUUGCAGCAGACGAUCUCGUUGUCUCUUCUGGCUGUGAUGUCACAGACGGUUGCCGGGUGACGCUUGUCCGGACCUCCUUCCUGCCCUCGACCCUCACGGCUCGCCGCGUCUCUCUCGAGGACCCCUCGGAGCUGCCCGCUGCUCUGCCCGAACAGACAGCGACACGCAGGACCACUAGGGAGACGCCCUCUACCCCGCCUGAGCCAGAAACGCAGCUCAGGACCCUGAGACAGACGGCCACCUCGCUGCCCGAGGAGAUAACAUCAUUUAGGACCCCAAGUAAGGUGCCCUCUACCCCGCCUGAGCUACAAACAGAAUCUAGAAGAGAGAGACGGUCGGCCACAUCACUGCCUGAACAGAUAACAUCAUUCAGGCCCCCAAAAAAGGUACCUGCUACCCAGCCAGAACAAAUAACAGCAUACAGGACCCAGAGAGAGGCGUCCUUGACUCCGCCUGAGCAAAAAACACAGCUCAGGACCCAAAAAUCAGGACCGCCCUCCCCGUUGCCUGUCUGCACCACAGCGAGGACCCCAAGCAGCUCAGGGUUGUCCGUCAACCUGCCUGCAGAGAAACAGGAAGCGAGGGCGGGGCUAGCCCUGACUGGGGGCAUGCUGGGUAAUGGGAGGAGCCAGCGAGCAGAGAGAGAGAGAAAAAGAGAGGGAGAGGGAGAGAGAGUGGUGAGAAGAGAGAGGCACUGCCCCCCAAAGGUCAUAGUGCGUGCCCCUUUCCUGAACUCCGACCCUGACCUUUCCCUGACCCCUGAAGAGAUUGCGGUCAAGCAGAGAAAAGUUGACAAAAUCCGAAGCAUGGUGACCAAGAGUGUAGCUCAGGAGAGGUGCAGUACCUCUCUCAUUCCCCUAGAGGGCGACGGGGAGAGGGAGCGCAUCAUCAGCCUCUCUUUCGCUCUGGCCAAUGAGGCUUCGAGGAGGAGUCGUGAGAUGGCUGCUCAGUCUCUGCUGGACUGCAGUGACUCCAAUGCCGAGAAUGAUGAUUUUUGGAAAUUUACUACGAGAGAGAAGAGUGAAAUUUGGGGUUCCCUGAAUUUCGGGGGCCCCCGACUCCCUAGCCCCGCCCCCAGCCCCCCCCGGCCAUCCCACAGUGCAGUGGGGCGACAGGAGACCGAAGAGAGCACAGGACAGCCCUCCAAUCAGCUCCUGUAUAUCUCAGAAGAGGCAGCCAAUAGGAAUCUGAGCUCAGAGACGGCCACCAAUCAGAAUGAAGGGUUGGAAAUGCCAGCCAGUGGUAAUCAAGGGGGGAAUGCCUCGCCCAAUCAGAUUCGACCGGAUGCCAGAUUGACGCCCAGUGAAAACGAAGGGAGAAACGUUUCACCCAAUCAAACUGAAGGUCUUGAAAUGUCGGCCAGUCAAAUUCGAGGGAGAGACGGCUCGCCCAAUGAGAUUCAGCUUGACUCCAAAAUGCCGUCCAGUGAAAUCGAAGGGAUUGAUGCGUCGUCCAAUCAGAACAAAGACAAAAACGUGUCGACCAAUGAAACCGAAGGCUUGGAAAUGUCACCCAAUGAAAUGGAAGAAGGCUACGAACUUCCGACCAAUGAAAUUGAAAGGAGAAAAACAUCGCCCAAUGAAAUCGAAGACCCCAAACUGCCGCCCAAUGAAAUUCACAUCCUGGAAGAAAUAACGACCUAUCAAAUCUUCAGCUCUGACAAACGAGCCAAUCAGCAAGCUCAGCUGGCCAAACCACCAUCCAAUCAGUGCUCAGUACCCCAAACGGCCAAUCAAAUCACAGCGGCAGAAAAAAACAACGCUUUCGUCAAACCGGCAAAUCAGAAAGCAGAAACCCAACAUCUAGCCAAUCAUUGCUCAGGAGAGACUGCAGCAGAACGACCCGGCCAGCAGAGAACCAAUGGGAUCCUGUUUUACAUCCGAAAAGAGGCGGGACCUGGCCAGGAGUUAGCCAGUCCGGAUUCAGGGUUCUGUGAGGCGGACCUAACAGCCAAUCAGACAUCAGCUUUUGAAGACAGUCGUUUGACAGUGCUGCACACCAGUCUGUGAUGUCAUAACCAUUCAAACGCUUGACAUUUUUAAUUUUGUGGAGGAGGGUCACAGAAAGUGAAAGAGAGACAGAGAGAAAGUAGAAGAGAGAGAGAGAGAGAGAGAGAGAUUAUAUUAUAUUAUAUUAUACAGCAACACCAUACACGAUUCAGACAGUCCCCCUGAGUUUCAAUAGCCAUAGUUUUAUAUAUUAUACAGCAACACCAAACACGAUUCAGACAGUCCCCCUGAGUUUCAAUAGCCAUAGUUUUAUAUAUUAUACAGCAACACCAAACACGAUUCAGACAGUCCCCCUGAGUUUCAAUAGCCAUAGUUUUAUAUAUUAUACAGCAACACCAAACACGAUUCAGACAGCCCCCCUGAGUUUCAAUAGCCAUAGUUUUAUAUAUUAUACAGCAACACCAAAUACGAUUCAGACAGCCCCCCUGAGUUUCAAUAGCCAUAGUUUUAUAUAUUAUACAGCAACACCAAACACGAUUCAGACAGCCCCCCUGAGUUUCAAUAGCCAUAGUUUUAUAUAUUAUACAGCAACACCAAACACGAUUCAGACAGCCCCCCUGAGUUUCAAUAGCCAUAGUUUUAUAUAUUAUACAGCAACACCAAACACGAUUCAGACAGCCCCCCUGAGUUUCAAUAGCCAUAGUUUUAUAUAUUAUAAAGAGAGAGAGAGUAAAGGAUGAAGCACAAUCUUCUAAACCAGAAGAGACUGAGAGAGAAAGUCAAGUUAGCAGAGAAACGUUUUAAUGCCUUCGUCAUGCAGAACUUCACUGGAUCAGAAACUCCAAACCAGAAGAGACUGAGAGAGAAAGUCAAGUUAGCAGAGAAACGUUUUAAUGCCUUCGUCAUCCAGAACUUCACUGGAUCAGAAACUCCAAACCAGAAGAGACCGAGAGAGAAAGUCAAGUUAGCAGAGAAACGUUUUAAUGCCUUCGUCAUCCAGAACUUCACUGGAUCAGAAACUCCAAACCAGAAGAGACCGAGAGAGAAAGUCAAGUUAGCAGAGAAACGUUUUAAUGCCUUCGUCAUCCAGAACUUCACUGGAUCAGAAACUCCAAACCAGAAGAGACUGAGAGAGAAAGUCAAGUUAGCAGAGAAACGUUUUAAUGCCUUCGUCAUCCAGAACUUCACUGGAUCAGAAACUCCAAACCAGAAGAGACUGAGAGAGAAAGUCAAGUUAGCAGAGAAACGUUUUCAUGCCUUCGUCAUCCAGAACUUCACUUAAUAAUUUUGUUAACUAUGAUCAUUUUAACAAAUUAGACGUCAGACAGUGUGAAUACUACAAAAUAUAUUAUCUAGAUAUAUAUUUGUUUUUUUUCUAACAACUGUGUAUUUUAAAAAAUAUUAACAGAUUUGAAUCAUAUUUCGUGCCAAAGGGCUGAAGAAUAUCUCUGUUUUGUAAUAUUAAAAUUAAAAAAGCUAAUUUUAUUAUAUUCAUUUCUAUAUUUCGUUCCCCAUCCAUCCUUCCUGUCUGCUGUGAGCUUGUCUGGAGAAUUCUAACUGCCAGGCAGCCUUCCACUCCGAAUGAUUCUACCACCAGCGUCCUGCAUAACUGUCUAUUUCUAUGUGUGUGAGUGUGUGUCUAUCUACUGUGUGUCUGUCUAUCUCCGUCUAUUAUCAGCUCUCAAUCAAACUAACAUAUCCCACUGCUACCACCAGUAUACUGUAUAUCUGUCUAUCUAUGUAUCUAUCUAGAAAUCAGAUCUCAAACUAACAUAUCCCACCGCUACCACCAGUAUACUGUAUAUUUGUCUAUCUAUUUAUCUAUCUAGUAGUCAUAUCUCAAACUAACAUAUCCCACUGCUACCACCAAUACACUGUAUCUGCUAUCUAUUUAUCUGUCUUGUAAUCAUUAUUAUUAUUAUUAUUAUUAUUAUUUGUUUAUUUAGCAGACGCCUUUACCCAAGGCGACUUACAGAGACUAGGGUGUGUGAACUAUGCAUCAGCUGCAGAGUCACUUACAAUUACGUCUCACCUGAAAGACGGAGCACAAGGAGGUUAAGUGACUUGCGCAGGGUCACACAAUGAGUCAGUGGCUGAGGUGGGAUUUGAACCAGGGACCUCCUGGUUACAAGCCCUUUUCUUUAACCACUGGACCACACAGCCACCUGUGUGGUCCAAUCAUAUCUCAAACAUAUCCCACUGCUACCACCAAUAUACUAUCUGUAUCUAUUUAUCUAUCUAGUAAUCAUAUCUCAAACUAACAUCCCACCUCUACCACCAAUAUACUCUGUCUAUCUAUUUACCUAUCUCUCUAUCUAGUAAUCAGAUCUCUGUCAAACUAAAAUAUCCCACUGCUACCACCAGUAUAUAAUGUUUAUAUUUCUCUAUCGAUCUGUUUGUAAAGUGGGCAGGACUGGCAGAGUUGAAAGAUCACACUGUCACAUGAUUUGGUAGUUAAGACUCUCCAGGCCAGGAGGAGGUGCUCAAUUGGCCGAGCGUCGCCCGGGGGGAGGGAGGGUUUAGGUCGGCCAGGGUGUCCUCGGCUCACCGCGCACCGGCGCCCCCUUGUGGUCAGGCCGGGCGCCUGCGGGCUUGCCUGUAAGCUGCCCAGAGCUGCGUUGUCCUCCGACGCUGUAGCUCUGAGGCGGCUGCACGGUGAGUCUGCAGCGUGUAAAGAAGCAGGCGGCUGACGAAACACGCUUCGGAGGACAGCGUGGGUUCGUCUUCACCCCUCCCGAGUCAGCGCAGGGGGAGGUAGCGGUGAGCCUAAAAAUAAUUGGGCAUUGAUAAAUAACAAAACUCAUGUCUAUGAAAUUCGAGUCUGUUAUAAAUGUGGAUUACGCUCGUUGGUUUGAAGGAGGUGUGGAAGGCUGUCUGGCAGUUAAGAGUCCUUCAGACAAACUCAAAAGCAGAAACAACAGCGAAUACCAAACCAGGGGAAGAAUAGGAAGAAAAAAAAAUGAAGAAAUGAAAAUGACUUUUUCUU